AUGCAAUCUAUCCUCCAAAAAACAACAGGCAUUGGCCCUCAAGUCGUCAAACCCGAACAUCUCGAAGGCCGCGUCGCAAUUGUAACAGGCGGCGCCCUUGGAAUUGGCUAUGAAGUGUCCCGCGCCCUCGCCCACGCGGGCUGCAAGGUCAUAAUGAUCAACCGAAAAGAAGAACAAGGCCAGGAUGCCAUCUCAGCCAUUCAAGAUGAAAAGUCCGACGCCAAAGUUGACUGGAAAGAAUGCGACAUGGGUAACCUCGCUCAAAUCCGUGAAGUCUUUGGCGGUCUGCGAGAAUCUCUUGACAGACUUGACUUUUUAGUCCUUUCAGCGGGUAUCAACACGAAUCAGUUUGGCUUAGAUUCAGAUGGUAUUGAGCGACAUUUCGGUGUAAACUUUCUCGGGCAUUUUUAUUUCAGAAGCAAAGAUGAGAUCAACGACCCAAACCUUGACUCCACGGCUCGAUACAACAGAACCAAGCUUGCGAUGAUCUUAUUUGCAAAGUAUGGAUUAGCUGGAAAGGUUAUCCAGGAGAACAAAGAUAGGAUCUAUGCCCUCUCUGUCCAUCCUGGAGCGGUUAAUACCGCGAUGCAGCAGCAGUGGAAAGACGCCUACCCCGGCCUGACAGGAAGACUUCUAUCCUGGGCUAUGCUAGCCAUCGGACGUGACGUUGAGCAGGGAUCUUACAGUGCACUCUGGGCAUUGACUUCACCCAAGAUUGAGGAGGAGGAUUUAAAUGGGUACUACUUCUCUGACCCUGACCAGGAGGGCAAGGAAACGAGCCAGGCUUCAAAUCCUGAGGCGUCCAACUUGUGGAAUUUGAGCACGACUCUUAUCGAGGGGGUGUUGGGCAGUGAUGCUUUGAUUGAUUGGAAUAUUUCUGAGUUUACUGAUAGGGAUCUCAAGUAA